CUGUUUGGGGUGUUGUGGAUCUAUCUGUAAAGGGAAAAAAAUUCAGUGGGAGUGAUUGUCAGCUCUUUUGUUUCUUAUUGACAUAUUACAGUUCAUAUUGAUACGAAUUGAAAUAGCUAGCUAUAGCCAUGUCUGGAAUAGAUAAAUUACCGAUAGAGGAGACAUUCGAGGACAGUCCGCAGACGCGCUCCCUGCUCGGCGUGUUUGAGGAGGAUGCAGCUGCCAUAUCGAAAUACUCCCAGCAGCUCUUCCAGGCCAUGCACAGAAUCUACGAUGCACAGAAUGAGUUGAGUGCUGCCACCCAUCUCACCUCCAAACUUCUGAAGGGGUAUGAGAAACAGCGUUUCCCUCUUUGCUGUGAUGACGAGGUCAUGAGCUCCACUCUGCAGCAGUUUGCCAAAGUCAUAGACGAGCUGAGUUCCUGUCAUGCAGUGCUGUCCACUCAGCUGGCUGAUGCCAUGAUGUUUCCCAUCACUCAGUUUAAGGAGAGGGACUUAAAAGAGAUCCUGACCCUGAAGGAAGUGUUCCAGAUUGCCAGCGAUGAUCACGACAUGGCCAUCAACAGAUACAGCCGUCUCUCUAAAAGGAGGGACAAUGAGAAGGUGAAGGGUGAGGUGAUGGAGGAUGUGUACACCUCCAGGAAGAAGCAGCACCAGACCAUGAUGCACUACUUCACAGCCCUCAACACGCUGCAGUACAAGAAAAAGAUGUCCCUCCUGGAGCCACUACUGGGAUACAUGCAAGCACAGAUCAGCUUCUUCAAGCUGGGAUCAGAGAACCUGACCCAGCAGUGGGAAGACUUCCUCACCGACAUAGGAACCAGUGUUCAGAAUGUCCGCAGGGAGAUGGCCGGGGAGGUGGAUGUGAUGCAACAGACCAUCCAGGAUAUGGAGCAGGCCAAUGACCUCCUCUACAUGCCUGACCCUGACCCCAGUCUGGUUCCUGUCAACCGCAACCUCACACGCAAGGCCGGCUACCUCAACACUCGCAAUAAAACGGGCUUAGUGUCUUCAUCCUGGGAGCGGCAGUACUUCUUCACCCAGGGAGGGAACCUGAUGAGCCAGGCGCGGGGGGACGUGGCGGGGGGUCUUGUCAUGGAUAUAGACAACUGCUCCGUCAUGGCCGUGGACUGUGAGGACCGACGCUUCUGCUUCCAGAUCACAUCCUUCGACGGCAAGAAAGUGGCCAUCUUGCAGGCAGAGAGCAGGAAGGAUUGUGAAGAGUGGAUUGCAACGAUUAACAACAUCUCAAAGAGGAUAUAUCUCAGUGAGAACCCAGAGGAAAUCGCAGCCAGAGUGAACCAAUCAGCUCUUGAGGCUGUGACACCAUCUCCCUCCUUCCAGCAGAGGCAUGAGAGUUUGCGGCCGAGCACACAAGGGCGGCCACCGGCAGCGCGGGCCAGCAGUGUGAGCUCGGCAGGCUCUGAGACGGCCUCCCCGGCCCUCUCCGUCCUCUCCUUGGACGCACUGGUGGCUCCAAACACGCCCAUCCAGUUUGACAUCAUCUCUCCAGUCAGCGAGGAGGACGCAGGACAGGCGAAGGCUGCCGGACUGGGAAGAAGGACCAAUCCUUUUGGUGAAUCCGGAGGCACACCAGCGGAGGAGAGUGAAGGCUCUAUCCUGCACCAGCUGUUCUUUGCGCGUUUCCUGGGCUGUAUGGAGGUGCAGAAUGCGGACAGCUCUGACGUCAUCUAUGAGACCAUGAGACAGAUCCUAGCAGCCAGAGCCAUACACAACAUCUUCAGGAUGACAGAGUCUCACCUGCUGGUCACCUGCGAAUGCCUCAAGCUAAUCGAUCCUCAGACACAAGUCACACGGCUGAGGUUCCCUCUCUCCAGCGUGGUGUUGUGUGCUGCCCACCAGGAGAACAAGCGUCUGUUUGGAUUUGUUCUGCAGACUGCAGAAGGCAGGCUGGACGGACGACCAAUCAUUGUCUGCUACAUCUUUGAGUCCAACAAUGAUGGGGAAAAGAUCUGUGACAGUGUGGGGCUGGCCAAACAGAUAGCGUUCCACUCAGAGAUGGAUCGCAAAGCCACGGAGAAGAAGAAGGAGCAGGACAGGGCCAAGGAGAAACAGCAGGAGGAGCUGAGUAAACAGAAACAGAUUGAAAAGGACCUAGAGGAACAGAGCCGUUUGAUUGCCGCCUUCAGUCGCCCCACCCCCCUUGCCUCUGGCACUGACGGACAGUUCCUGGUGCUGAGCAACAGCCAGUCAGAGGACAGCGAUGCAGGAGUGGAGGGGCGGGAGAAGGGUGAGUCAGAGGCCUAACAGAAUGGAACCGAGAGAUGUUACUGUUGGCUUUCACUGAAUACUACUUUGGAUGACCAAACCACUGGAAGUCAGUCAUUUUCAAUGGAGGAAGGCAACUUGAAGAGGUGACUUGAGGAGUCCAUGAGAGAUGCAACCGUUGGGGACAAUUUCACCAAGUUGAGCCAAAGUUCAACUUUUACGCAAAUCAUCAACGAUGCAACUGCUGGCUUUGAUCCUCUGCUGGAUAGGCUACCCCCCCCCAAUGUGCUGUUCAGAGGAAACACCUACGAGAGACAUAGCCUUGUCCCAGAUCUGUUUGUGCUUUUGCCUAGUCCAUUGUCAUUGUCGAACCAAACAAUUGCAUGACAAUUCCAUAAGGAGUUGGCAAGAGAGCAGAAACAGACUCGCACCCAGGCUACAAGGGACAGGCUUGACUAUGUGUUACCAAAAAGUAGUAUCCCAUGAAAACAGACAGUUAGAGGUGGACUUGGUUCCUCUCCAGACGCCCACCUUGGCUCCUCAACCCUGGGCCUGCACAAAUGCAGCCUCUCUCUGGUUUCACCUCUGGCUCCUACUGUUGGUCAAUGAAGGAACAGGAUUCAGAGUGCAGAUAGACUUGAUCAAUAAAGGGCAAAAAAAAAAUACUUCAUAACAUAAAAAACUAGAAAGGGAAAAAAAAGACCCCACAAGCUAAGAAAAGAAGAGUAGAAAAAGAACUGUGUGACUGAACAAUCAAAAUAAUCCUUCCGGAUCAUUCUCCACCUUGUGUAAAUGAUCAUGUAUUUUAUACUCGCAAUUAUAUAGAAGUAUACUGUCAGAUAAUAUGGAAGAAGAAAAAUAAUGCUUUUCUGGUUUUGUUUAUUUGGAAAUUCAGGUGCAGUUCUGACUGAAUACUAUGGCUUCCUAAAAGUUAGAGAUUAUAGAGUGUACUAAUAUGGAGGGAAGACAUUGCACAUGUUAAUACUGUAAUAAUAGAUUUCUGUAUUAUUUGCGUAAACAGUAUACAUAUUGUCUAAUUAAGCAAUAAGGCCCGAAGGGGUGUGGUAUAUGGCCAAUAUACCAUGGCUAAGGGCUGUUCUUAUGUACGAAGCAACACCAAGUGCCUGGAUACAGCCCUUAGUCGUGGUGUAUUGGCCGUAUGCCUGGAUACAGCCCUUAGUCGUGGUGUAUUGGCCGUAUAGAUUUCUGUAUUAUUUGCGUAAACAGUAUCCAUAUUGUCUAAUUAAGCCAUAAGGCCCGAAUCGGUGUGGUAUAUGGCCAAUAUACCAUGGCUAAGGGCUGUUCUUAUGUACGAAGCAACACCAAGUGCCUGGAUACAGCCCUUAGUCGUGGUGUGUUGGCCGUAUACCCCCCCCCCCCCCAAGGUGCCUUAUUGCUUAUUGUAAAACAUGUUUUGUCAAACUCGCGGUAUGCGGUCUAAUAUACCAUGGCUGUCAGCCAAUCAGAAUUCAUAGCUCGAAGCACCCAGUUUAUAAUCUACAGCUGUGAAAAAGUACUUGCCCCCUGUAUGAUUUUUUUUUCUGUUUUUGUAUAUUUUUGAUACUGAAUGUUAUCAGAUCUUCAACCAAAACCUAAUAUUAGAUAAAGGGAACCUGAGUUUACAAAUAACAAAAAAAGUCAUACUUAUUUUAUUGAUUUAAUUAACAAAGUUAUGCAACACCCAAUUCCCCUGUGUGAAAAAGUGAUUUCCCCCUUACACUCAGUAACUGGUUGUGCCACCUUUUAGCUGCAAUGACUGCAACCAAAUGCUUCCUGUAGUUGUUGAUCAGUCUCUCACAUCGCUGUGGAAGAAUGUUGACCCACUUUUGCUUGCAGAACUGCUGUAACUCAGCGACAUUUGUGGGUUUUCAUGCAUGAACUGCUCAUUUCAAGUCCUGCCACAACAUCUCAAUUGGGAUUAGGUCUGGACUUUGACUAGGCCAUUCCAAAACUUCAAAUGUAUUGCUUUUUAUCCAUGUUCAUGUAGACUUCUUUUGGAUCAUUGUCUUGCUGAAUGACACAGUUGCGCUUCAGCUCACAGACGGAUGGCCUGACAUCCUGCAGAAUUCAUGGUUCCUUCUAUUGAAGAAAGUCGUCCAGGUCCUGAGGCAGCAAAGCAUCCCCAAACCAUCACACUGCCACCACCAUGCCUGAUCGUUGGUAUGAGGUUCUUACUGUGGAAUGCAGUGUUUGGUUUUCGCCAGGCAUAAUAGGACCCAUCUCAUCCAAAAGGUUGACUCAAGUUUGCCAAAAAAGCACCUGGAAGCACCUGGAUGAUCACCAAGACUCUUUGAAGGAUGAUUCAUGGACAGAUGAGUCAAAAGUAUGACUUUUUUGACGCCAUUGGUCCCGUUAUGCCUGGUUCGGAAACCUAACACUGCAUUCCGCAGUAAGAACCCUGGUUCUCGGCGGUGGUGUGAUGGUUUGGGGAUGCUUUGCUGCCUCAGGACCUUGUCUACACUCAUCCUCUUGUCGUUAGCUAACAGGUUUGCAUGUGCUUUGGAUCCUAUCAUGAAGAUAAAUAAUUGUCACAUACAUCCUUGUCAGUUGUUUUUUUCUCCAUAACAUUAUUACUACCAUUUGAAUGAACCAUGUUUUGUUUCGAGUGUGUUUUGGUUUCAAGAUGUUAAUCUUGUACCCCUUAACACCAAUAAUGGUAUGCUCAUAAAUGAAUCAACUUAUUGCUAUACCUUCUUCCUGAGGUGUCAAUGUAUUCAUCUGCCAGGUUGAAGCAAGAACAAUACUGUAUUACAAAGUGCUAAAUUAGGGCUGUGGCUUUAAGGUGGUCCCCCCACCCCCCCCCCCCGUUAAAUACUUUAAUCUGUAAUGUAUUGGAAUGGUUUGUAUGUUUCUCAGAUAAUUUCUGUAUAAAGAAGCACACUACGUAUGUAUGCUAUGUAUAGGACAUAUUUCCAGAGGUGUUCGCCGACCUUUACCCAUUGCUCAGAUGUAAAUUUGUUCUGAGCUCUGACUGCUAAUUUGAUCAGCUCAUAGAGAAUACAACUAUCAUAUCAACAAAGUGAAAUUGAUUUGGUUUAUAUAAAUAGAAGUGAUAUCCCAGAAGGGUUGAGAAUAUUUAUUAUUUCCAUUUUGGGGAAAGGUUUUGGGAGUGGUAAACUGGGUUACCUAGAUGUUAAUAUGGGGGACUGCACUUUAGUACUUUAUGCAGUAGAGGAUAUGCACCUAUUUAAUGUACAUAUUUCAGUGAUUACUGUUUCAGUGUCCUAAAAUAGCUUUUCAACAAUAAAUAUACACUAAUUCAAG